AUGAGGCCUCCUAUCGUGUUCAUCUCGUUCCUCGCGGGCCUAACAACCGCUGCUCUUGUCCCUCCUCGUCUGCACCCCAAAUCCACCUCCGGCUUCUCUGUCCCCGUGAGCAAGACCCAGAGCUCCAAACGGGACUUUGUCCGGGACUGGGCUGCAGCGAGACAGAAAUGGGGCAAAGGCAUCCCUAACGAUGUGUUGUCCGCGUUUUCACUCCUUGACGACGAUGGCCUCGUGGAUGUCCAGCCUCUGGGCAGCGAUGACAUCUACAUUGCUGAUGUCCAGAUUGGCAACCCGCCGCAGACUCUGAAGAUCGCCAUCGACACGGGCUCGGCCGAUAUGUGGUAUAAGCCCGACGCAUCCAACACCUCUCGCCGCAUGGAUGACGCCGAGUGGGCCGUUGAAUACAUGGACGGAACCCACGCCAACGGUAUCGUCUACCUCGACACGGUCCGCUUGGGAGGCUUCGAGCUCACCGAUACCGCCGUCCAGUCGGCUCAGAUCAUUGCCUCACGUUUUGAGCGGGAGAUAGAACUCUCUGGCAUCAUGGGCUUCGCCAAGAGCCUCCCAAGCAAUAUCGAACCGCCGACCCCAUCCCUGCUCGACAAGCUCCGCCCUCACCUUGAAACUCCUGUCUUCUCCGUCGACUUGCGCCGCAACGCCACGGGGACCUUUGACUUCGGCCACAUCGACACCUCUCGCGCCAGCGAUAACAUCACCUGGCUCGAUGCCAACCCAGCCAGCCCUCACUGGGACGUCACCUUCGACUUGACUGCCUGGGACGGCUCGCACCGUGUCUGGUGGGCUCACUCCUUCGAGGCCACCAUCGACACAGGCACCACGCUGCUGUUCCUGCCGGCAUCACUCGCCGGCAUGUAUUGGUUCGACGUCCCGGGCAUGCGAGUCGACCCUCGCCUCAACAACGCUUUCACUUUCCCGUGCCAUCUAGCCGACGGCCUCCCGGAUCUCAUGUUCAAGCUGCCCGGCGAGGCGGAGCACGUGCUGACCAUUCCGGGCUCGUACCUCAACUACGGUCCCAUCGACGACGACCCGGAGUACUGCUGGGGCGGCAUGCAAAGUGCCGAGGACCUCGAGGUAACCAUAUUCGGCGAUGUGAUGCUCAAGGCGUUGUUUGUUGUGUUUGAUCUCGAGAAUAACCGCGUUGGGUUUGCCAACAAGCAUCUCGAUGAUGAAUAAAUGGCAUGUUGUGUAUGAUCUGACUGGAGACCUGGAAGGAUGUGAGACGGUCGAAUAAUCUUUGCAACGCUGUGUGUAAAGGGACUGCCAUGUUAAUCGGGGCCAUCAAGAGAGAUGUCGUUAGUGCUAGGUAGUUAGCCGUCACUGCUAGGUUAGCAAGGAGCAAAAGGUCUUAUCAAC